AGAAUUCUUAGUAGUUUAUAUUAUUAUCAAUAUAUUAGUGGCGUAUAGUUAGUUGUCUACUAAUCAGUUGCUGUAAUUAAAAACAAAAUGCAAUGCAAGUAGUAAAUCGAUGAAAUAAAUAAUUGUGCAGUUACAUAAAUGGAAGGUAUAGAAUUAAUUAAUAAAUAUAGAUGCUCUAACUAUAAAAGAAUUAAUUGGAAAUGUAUUAGAAUCCUAAGAAUGUGGAAGGAGUGUAUUUGCAAAACAUCAUUAAUACAAGAAGUUUAACAGAUUUGUGCCAGUACCAUAUACAUAAUUAAUGUGGCUGUUUAAAUUAAUUUGAUAUCAAAUAGGUUGUCUCCCGAAGAAUUAUUAAAUUAGUUUAAUAUGCAUUUUAAUUAUGCACAUAGAUUCUGUUUGGCUGCAUACAGAAAGAAAACUAGCCUUUUGGUGGCAGCUGGUCUGUCAGUGUUAAUACUGUUCGGACUGGAAUACUCAAGAUUAGAAGAAAACAAAAUCAGUGAACUCAUGAAAGAAGAAAGGGAUGCUCAAGUAGUUGCAGAUGCUUUAAUGAAAAGUAUCAAUGUUAAGUUCAUCGAGAGUGCCAAGCGUUUGAACAAGGAAGAAAUAUUUACUUCAAAAAUUGCAACUGAGCUAGACGUGGAAGCACUAGCUAAGCUCGAGCAGCCUAGCAGAGACGAGAUUGCAAAAAGAAAAGCCGACAUGGCAGAUAACCAAUUUGAGAUUUUGGAGACGGAGCAGCAGCUGGGAAUUCCGUAUGUUAAUCUAGAUCCGAAAAAUCCAUAUGUUCCGAAGAAGCGAAUCGUCCAUUUAGAUUUCAAGGGUGCACCUCCCAUUUUGCCGUACUUUAAGAAAUUAUUUCCCUUGAUCAAAGUAAUAGGGGCAACAGGUGUACUUUUAGAAUAUGAAGACAUGUUUCCGUUUAGUGGUACUUUAAGAAAUAUAUCGGCUAAAAAUGCCUUCAGUCCAAAUGACAUUAAAGAAAUCCUUAAAUUAGCAGAGGAAUCAAAUCUAGAGGUAAUACCCUUAAUACAAACCUUCGGUCAUGUAGAAUUCGCCCUGAAACACGCAGAAUUUGCCUCAUUACGUGAAGUACCGGGCAGUCCACAGGCCAUUUGUCCUAGCAGGAGUGGAUCUCUUAAUUUCAUACAAGAAAUAAUCAGUCAGGUUAUGGAUUUGCACCCCGAGGCUAAAUACGUGCAUAUCGGUUGUGAUGAAGUGUUCCAAAUGGGCGAAUGUGAUAUUUGCCGCUUAGAAAUACAUGAGAACCUGUUCCUCAAGCAUGUGAAAAACGUAGCAGAUAUCGUUCACAGCAGGUACCCCCAGAUCGGCGUUAUAGUGUGGGAUGAUAUGCUCCGUCACAUAUCCCAACAAUCCAUGCAAGAGAUAAACCUCGGCAGCUUGGUUGAGCCCAUGGUUUGGGUUUACGCCGAAGAUAUAUAUCAUUUCGUCCAACCGUCUGUGUGGGACAAGUACGCGGCCGUGUUUGACAGUGCCUGGACAGCUUCGGCUUUUAAGGGGGCAUUUGGGGAGACUUUGUACGUUCCGAAUGCUAGACGCCACUUAGAGAACAAUCUCCGAUGGUUAGACGUCAUGGCCACCCAAACGUUAGCUUUCAAGCGAGGCUUAAUGGGCAUAGUUGUGACGGGUUGGCAACGUUACGAUCAUUUCGCGGUACUCUGCGAGUUAUUGCCUGCAGCUAUUCCAUCGCUGGCUCUAAAUCUGGUAGCUGUCGCUCACGGUUACUUUAACUCGUCUCUGAAGGAGAAAUUUCUCACGGCACUUAGUUGUCCGGUACAAAAUACGGCGCACACUUCUCCCUUCAUAAGCUUAGACAUAGACCCGUUCUUGUGGGACAAACUGAACCGCUGCAUGUUUCCCGGUAACUCAUUUUUCAGAUUGACGAACAGGCUGCAAAACAUGGAGACGGAAGCGAGGGAGUACUUGGACCUGACCAAACGGCAGAAGGGGUGGAUGACGGCAUACAACUUGCGCCACAACUACAGUCUACCUCUGCGUGUUGAGGAGUUGACGACGGACUUGCCCCGUGUGUACCAUGGAAUGAUAAAUCUGGCCAGAUCGGCAGUGGACGUUAUGGUCGACAUUUUCGACAAUUAUACGAUAUCCGAGUGGAUCGAACAGAGAAUAUAUCCGUACAUACUCGAGUUGGAGCAAUUACAAAAUCAAAGCAUUGCGUUAAAAAGUGUCAAUCAAUGGCCGGCUAGGCCACUGCCACCUUUAAAGGAUCUACAAAGGCUGGGCGUCGCAGUUAAUUAAGGAUUAACCUAACUUUAUUAAAUAAUAGCAAAUUUAUCAUUUAGCGAACACGAUACUCGUUUUGUUUUAACGUUAAGGCUGUUUCUAGAAAGACAGGGGUGUAGUUUGAAAGGGACUAUAGAUGGGUCGUUCCAAAAAGUAGUUUUAAUUAAACACAGGUUAUUUAUUAGGACGACAACCACCAAAAUUAGUAUAUCCUCAAUUUUGACAUUUUUUUUCAUGUUGCUACAAGAAUCAUAUGAAUUUGAUGGAUUCAUUAAUUAACCAAAUAUUUACUUAAAUUAAAAAUUAAUUAAAAAAUAUUUAUCAAACCACCUCCAGGAUAUCCAGAUCCAAUAUGUAGAAAAACCAAGUGUACGUGGGCAACCUCCUACUUUUCUGGCACUUUAUGUCCAUUUCUAUAUUUCCCUUACUGUUAAAGAUAAACCCACCAAGCCUUUCUUCACUGUAAUCAUAAGAAACUAUUCGAUAUGUGUAAAAAUACACAGGUGUUCUAUUUAAAAAAGACCUUCUUGGGCCCAGACACUUCUAUAAUUCUGUAAUUCAAAUCAAUUUCACAAUUUAAGCAACGGAAAAUUAAAAGUAGUUAAUUCAUAUAAUUUUUAUUCUUGUGCAUUUUUUGAUAGCUUGAAAGAUUUAUUUUGCAACAUUGGAACGUAUCUCCUAUAUUUCCAUGCAAAUGCCAGUCCAUAUUAGCGGUACAUUUUCAGAACAUAUCCCUCGAGAAUAAGGAGCUUUGACUGUACUUUACACUUAAAUUUUUCCGCCCUCCCUGAUAUAGAAAUCCAGAGCCGCCACUGAUUAAAAUACCCAGGAAAUAUAGGAUGUCGCACGAUUCCACCGGCAAAAUUCAUCAGAUUAUUUUCCGACAAUAAUUAAAAGAAAUAAUAAUUUCUGAGAUCUAAAAUUUUAUUAUUAUUUUCUAUUCUAUUCCCAAUAAUUUUAGAUGAUUCAUUUAAACUCGAUAGAUUCAAUACUUUUUUGAGAAUCGACGAACUACCAUUCAAAAUAAUUGAUAUUAGUCGUACAGUGCCCCUAAAUUUUUUGUUAUAAAGAUACUGACUCUUCUUUCGUGAUUAGAUAACUUUUUUAUUUUAUCCUUUUUAACUUUUUGGCCUCGUAAUUUUAUUUUUGGGGUCUACUUGUUUAGAUGUGACUUGAUGGCAUGUUAGCUAGCUUUAGGUAAAACUGCAAUUUUGUGGGUUCAUGUCUAAUUAUCUGACUGGCCAGCCAUUUGUUCCAAUGUAUCUACCGAGGAACAUGUAAAAUAACUUGAAACUAAAAAUAAUAAUAAAUAAAACUUUGCGUCUCUAAAAAAAUCGGCUAAAAGAAAUUGCAAGAAAAAAAAAAAUGUUUGGCUAUAAAUGGCCAAAAUUCUAUACGUUUAAAACAAAAUAUUUAGAUAAAUCUCCAGCACAUUCGAAUAAUAAUUUUUCAAGUAACCUAUUCUAUUAGCUUAUAAGAAUAAUUCCACCGCUGAAUAAUUAUUAAAAUACUCUAUAAUCUAACACGAAACUGUCAUUAAUUUAACUUUGUUCGAAACUUUACCAUCACAAAUGUUUUCGCAAUAUGGGAUAAGGUAAAUGUGUGGGUGCCGUGCGCCACGAAAAUGUAAAGAAAAUGCAAAAUACGUAUAUUUAUAUAGAAAUAGAAUAUUUGGUAUACUUAUUGUUAACGGAAAUUAAAAGUUUCAUAUUCAGUUUAGGAAAAAUAAAUAUUAUUUAAGGGAUCGACGUCUUUUGCGAUUCAUGCACGACACGGUAAAUAAAAACUUGCCGAGUAAAAUUAUGACGUGGCAAGUUUUUUCCAUCAUUCACAUAAAAAGUAGAUAUAUGUCUGUGACUUUAUGUUAAAUUUAGGGCAGACUCUUUCAGUGCUCUUAUUUUAGUUGUCCUUUUUUGUAAAUAUAUUUAAAUCGGCAAUUAUUUAUAUGUAAAAUUUUUGUGUGCCAUCUAUUAUA